GUCCGGGGGAGACCGGAUUUAGUGAAUGCAGGGUCCGGGAAGACCGGAUAUAGUGAAUGCAGGGUCCGGGAAGAAGGGAUAUAGUGAAUGCAGGGUGCGGGGAGAGAGCGGAAAUAGUGAAUGGCGGGUCCGGGGACACCAGAUAUAGUGAAUGCAGGGUCCGGGGAGACCGGAUAUAGUGAAUGCAGGGUCCAGAGAGAGCGGAUAUAGUGAAUGCAGGGUCCGGGGGAGACCGGAGAUAUAGUGAAUGCAGGGUCCGGGGAGACCAGAUAUAGUGAAUCCGGGGAGACCAGAUAUAGUGAAUGCAGGGGUCUGGGGAGACCAGAUAUAGUGAAUGCAGGGUCCGGGGAGACCAGAUAUAGUGAAUGCAGGGUCCGGGGAGAUCAGAUAUAGUGAAUGCAGGGUCCGGGGAGAGUAAAUAUAGU